AUGGCUGUAAUAAAUCAACCAAAUUCACAAAUUAAACUAACCAAUGUUUCCCUAGUUAGGAUGAAGAAAGGUAAGAAAAGAUUUGAGAUCGCUUGUUAUCAAAAUAAAAUACAAGAUUGGAGAUCAAAAAUUGAAAAAGAUAUAGAUGAAGUAUUACAAAUACCACAAGUUUUUAUAAAUGUUUCAAAAGGUCAAGUUGCAAAUAAAGAAGAUUUACAAUCAAAUUUUGGAACGACUGAUCAAAAUAAAAUCAUAUUGGAAAUUUUAAGUAAAGGAGAAAUUCAGUUAAAUGAAAAAGAACGAAAUGCAAAUUUACAACAAAAACAAAAUGAAUUCUUAAAUAUUAUUUCAACUAAAUGUAUAAAUCCAAGAAGUAAGAAAAGAUAUCCGCCUUCAAUGAUAGAUAAAGCAUUAAAUGAAAUUAAAUUUCAUUUAAAUCCUACUAAACAAACUAAAAUUCAAGCUUUAGAUGCUAUUAAAGUAUUAGUUGAAAAACAAAUUAUACCAAUUGCUAGGGCACAAAUGAAAAUUAAAAUAAUAUUGAGUAAAAAAGCUUACCUUAAAGCUUUUGAGCUGGAUAUUAAAGAUAAUAUAGAUCAUAUUGAAGAAACUGAAAAUAAUGGUAAACAAUAUGAGAUUAUUGGUAUAAUUGAUCCAAUAAAUUAUAGAGUUUUAGUUGGUUUAAUUGAAAAUGGUACUGAUAAUAAGAUUGCAAAAGGUGAAGGUUCUAUAGAAGUUUUAGAUAUGUCUGCUAUUAAAGAGUAA